AUGCCGUGUCCAUAUUACAUUAGCAGGUAUGUUGACUGUCUUGUCGUUUGUUAUUUUCAGGCACGUGGCCAUGGAGGCUAUGAUUCUGAUUUUAGUGAUGAGGAGAAUGGAGAGAAGUCUGUGCGAAAGACUAAAAGUAUAAAGGAAGAUGGCCUUCUGAUAAAGCCAUUCCAAAAAGCAAAACAAGGGAGUGUGGUUCACAGACAAUUCGCAGCUGAAGAAUGGGAUAGGGAAGAAGCAAGAAAAAGAAGAUUUCACUUGAUAGCGAUGGAUGCCUAUGAAAGACAUAAGAAGUUUGUACAUGACUACAUUUUAUACUAUGGUGGCAAAUUAGAGGAUUUCCGACGUUCUGGAGCAAAUGACAAGACGGAUCUUGAUGUUAUUAGAGAAAACCAUAGAUUCCUGUGGAACGAAGAAGACGAAGCAGACAUGAAUUGGGAGAAGAGGCUUGCAAAGAAGUAUUAUGAUAAAUUGUUCAAAGAAUACUGUAUAGCAGAUCUGAGUAGAUACAAAGAGAAUAAGUUUGGAUUUAGAUGGCGAAGUGAGAAAGAAGUAAUUUCAGGAAAAGGUCAGUUUUCCUGUGGAAAUAAGCACUGUGAAGAGAAAGAAGGCCUGAAGAGCUGGGAAGUGAACUUUGGUUAUGUUGAACACGGUGAAAGGAGGAAUGCACUUGUGAAAUUGAGAGUAUGUCCAGAAUGUUCCUACAAACUAAACUUUCAUCACCGGAGGAAAGAAGUCAAAGCACACAAGAAAAGAGGCGCAGCUGUACCAAACUCUAAAGAGCCAAAAAAUAAGAAGACAAAAUUAUCUUGUUCGGCAAAAAAGAAGUCCAAAAAAAAGACACAUAAAGAUCAGGUUUCUUCAGAAGAUUCAGAUAAUUCUGACAAAGAUUUGGAUAACAGCAAUGCACAAGAUGGUCCUUCAGAUGCUGACUUUUGGAAAGGUCCUCUACAAGAAGCAGAUGAAAAAUCACGGGAGGAGGAGUUUGAUGAGUAUUUUCAAGACUUGUUUCUCUGA